AUGAUGGCAUUGCUCGUAGACAAGCACCGACCGCGAAGCCUCGAGGCUCUCAGCUACCACUCAGAUCUCUCAGACCGCCUGCGAUCACUUGCACAAAGCGGCGACUUCCCCCAUCUUCUCGUCUACGGUCCCUCUGGCGCCGGCAAGAAAACUCGCAUCGUUGCAACCCUCAAAGAGCUCUACGGCCCGGGUGUCGAAAAGAUCAAGAUCGACGCGCGCGUCUUCCAAACCACGUCCAACCGUAAACUUGAGUUCAACAUCGUCGCCUCCGUGUACCAUCUCGAAAUCACACCGUCUGAUGUCGGAAACUACGACCGUGUCGUCGUGCAGGAUCUCCUCAAGGAAGUCGCGCAGACGCAGCAGGUCGACUUGAAUGCGAAACAGCGUUUCAAGGUUGUCGUUAUCAACGAGGCAGACCAUUUGACUCGCGAUGCGCAGGCGGCAUUGAGGCGGACGAUGGAGAAGUAUAGUCCAAAUUUGAGGCUGAUUCUGUUGGCAAACUCGACAAGCAAUAUUAUCGCGCCGAUUCGGAGUAGAACGUUGUUGGUGAGGGUUGCGGCGCCAACUGAGGAGGAAAUUUGCGGUGUGUUGAAGGUAGUGGGGAAGAAGGAGGGGUGGAAGGAGGUUGAGGGGUUGAAUAAGAGGGUUGCGAAAGAGAGCGGGAGGAACUUGAGGAAGGCUCUACUUAUGUUUGAGGCCGUCCAUGCGCAGAACGAGAACAUCACAGACACAACACACAUCCCUCCUCCGGAUUGGGAAGCUCUCAUCAGCCAGAUUGCCAACCAGAUUGUCGAAGAACGGAGUCCAGCUCGUCUUCUCCAAGUCCGCGCAGCGCUUUACGAUCUCCUCUCGCAUUGCAUUGAUCCGACGACCAUACUGAAAACGCUUACAUGGAAACUCAUCCCCAAAACCGACGACGCGCUCAAGCCAGAAGUCAUAAAAUGGGCGGCUUUCUACGAGCACAGGUGCAAGACGGGAAGCAAAGUCAUUUUCCACUUGGAAGCCUUUGUCGCGAAGUAUAUGCGGUUGUAUGAAAGCUUCCUCAUGGGCAUCGAUUUCGACUAG